AUAAGAAGCCAACGAAAAACCAGUAGCAGAGAAAAAGCUUGUAUCAAACGACCGCUAACAAUGGUCACUCUCUCAAUCGGCAUCGCCACCCCCGUUGCGACCUUCCGUUCGACAAAAGUAACACGAACCUGCUUCAAUUUCAAAGUCUCCUGCGUCCAAUGGGACCCGGAAGGUAUUUUAGGAAGACCGCAGACAGGACACUUGGCUCGUCUCGAGUUCAGAAGGCGGCUUGAGAAAGACGCAGAGGCUCGAGAGGCAUUUGAGCAACAUUUAAGCCAAGAGAAGGAACGUCGCCGAACUCUUCGCGAAUCCAGGGAAAUACCCGAUACUGCAGAGGAGUUGAUUGAAUACUUUCUUGACACUGAAGCUCAAGAGAUCGAGUUUGAGAUUGCAAGAUUAAGGCAUCGGUUAGUCCUUUAAUUUUGUAUGU